AUGGGUCUUUGUAGGGCUAAGCAAUUUCCUAGAAUUUCAACUGUGAUGCAUUGCUUUCAGGCUGAUGAUACUGCUGCAGAGUAUCCGACAGAGGGAUUAGUUGAAUGCCAUGCAGAUUUUCUUUCGAGAAGUCUACCGUAUAUCCCCAUACGGAAGCUCUGUAAAGGGCAAUUCUGUGUGAUUUCGGCAUUGCCGCAGGGUGAUGUGUACAGGGGCUGCCUGACAAUUGAUCAAAGCAAGUCCGAACGACAACUAGCGCCUGGCUAUUACCGUUCCUACAACGGCAUAGAGCAAUGGAUCUGUUCGGCGCCAAGCUGUAAUUACAAUUUGCAUAAAAUGCAGGAAUCAUGGCCAGAGGAAAUGGCUGAAUUCAAGUUGGUUGCUCUUUCUUCAUAA